UCUAUGCUCAAAGCCCUAGGCUAGUUGGGACGAAGCGAGGAUGGCGAUGGCGCAGCGCUUGCGAUUCAUCGACAUUGGCGCCAAUCUCUCAGAUGAUAUGUUUAAAGGGAUGUACAAUGGGAAGCAAUAUCACCCAGCUGACUUGCCAAUGGUUUUGUCGCGAGCUUGGAACGCUGGUGUCGAUCGAAUCAUUGUGACCGGAGGAUCGCUUGAGGAAUCGAAGCAAGCUUUGGAGAUUGCUCAGACAGAUGACAGGCUCUUUUGCACUGUAGGAGUUCAUCCAACGCGAUGCAAGGAAUUCGAGGCUCGGGGAGAACCGGAAAAACAUUUAAAGGAUCUACUAGAACUUGCAAGGCAUGGCUGCUCCCUAGGAAAGGUGGUGGCGAUUGGGGAGUGUGGUCUCGACUACGAUCGCUUGAAAUUUUGUCCAGCUGAUGUUCAGCGCAGGUACUUUGAGAAGCAGUUUUAUUUGGCGGAAGUAACAGGGCUUCCAAUGUUUCUACACAUGCGCGCUGCUGCCACGGAUUUCUGCGAAAUAAUGCAAGCUAAUCAGCAAAGGUUUCCGGCAGGAGUAGUGCAUUCAUUCACUGGCACUGCCGAGGAGAGAGACAGGCUUUUGGGAUUUGAAAAGCUCUAUAUAGGUAUCAAUGGAUGCUCGCUAAAGACGAAGGAAAAUUUGGAUGUAAUGGCUGGGAUUCCUGUGGAGAGAAUGAUGAUCGAGACGGAUUCGCCAUACUGCGAGAUCAAAGCAGCUCACGCUGGUGUGGAGCACGUCAUCACACACUGGGUGUCAAAAAAGAAAGAGCGUCACGAAGAACAUUUGACUGUGAAAUCGAGGAACGAGCCAUGCCACAUUAGGCAAGUCUUUGAGGUGAUCGCUGGGUUUCGUAAAGUCGAGGACGCGAAUGGCAUCGCGGAGAUAUUGUAUAAGAACACAUGCAGUGUGUUCUUCCCGGAUCAGUGAACGCUCACGUAGCCAAGGUCAAGUGAAGCUAAAAUCAAAAGAUAAAAAUGGCUGGUAUCCAGUGACUGGGCCAAUGCUGGAUCUGAUCGAUCUUAUCGAUUGAAUGGUGGUGCAGCUAAUGCUGAAUCAGUGAGAGUACAUGUUUUAACGUUUUUUAUAUGUGGUCUAAGCAUAAAAUCUUAUAUAACAUCUCUUAUUCCGUCCAA